AUGGAGGAGCCCCUGAGGCUCAAGGCCCUGCCAUGGCCCUUUCUGGUGGGGUUCUCAUUCUUCCUGUCACAGUUGAUCCCUAGCACCUUAUCCCCGGUCCCAGGUAGCCCCCUCACAGAAAAGGAGUACGAAGUCUUUUUCUCUGCUCUGAGGCCCGAGUGGAAGGCAAUCAUGAUGUGUCAGAUCCGGCGCAACAAGGGAUGCCAGAGUCCCCAGAUCAAACAGCUCGACGAGUACGAGAACCACGGCCAGAUUCCAGAGGGUCCCGUCUGUGCUGACCUUCCCCAGAGCCACCGUUUUGAGACUUUCUGUCUAUUUGCACAGUUCCGAUGCUUAGAUCAGAGAUUCUACGCCAAGCGUAUCGAGUGUCCUGUUUUGGCUCCUGCUGAAAAGACCAGUGUCCCGGCUGAGACGCAGCUUCCUCCAGGACGCUCAGAGACGGAGAUGAGGCCCGUGAAAGAACCGGUUCCAAGCCAGACAGAUGUCAUACAUUCAGUCCAGGAUUCCCGGGAUGCCAUACACCCAGCCCAGGAUUCCCAGGAUGCAAUACACCCAGCCCAGGAUUCCCGGGAUGCCAUACGCCCAGCCCAGGAUUCCCUAGAUGCCAUACACACCGUCCAGGAUCUCCACUCCAGCAUCGAUACCCUUUUGAAAUACUCCUUUGCUGUCUCAGGCCAGAAGCCUGAGCUCCGGCGGGACUUCCCAGUUGUGAGCAGCAGCGCGGGAGCUCUCCAAGCACCUGUGCAUCAGGAGCAGCCAAGCCACUCCCAAGUAGGGCUUCUUGCUGCCACCCCUGAAACAGCCACCCCGGAAACCGGUGAGAUCAAAGAGUCAAAGGAGAGCACUGAAGCUUCCGAAGGCAGAAGACGAGCUUUGGAUCUCCAAAAGAUCCCAGUGACAAAGUCCAAAGGCAGACUCUUAGACCUUGAGAAGGAGGACGCUCUGUUGAUUCUCUGCUUUGCGGUGCUUGAAGAUGUCUGCAUCUCCUCGGUGGUUAGCAAGGCCUGGAAACGAAUGGAGGACAACAUCCUUGGCUACAGCAGCCUGGUGUGUGACAGCCUUGGUCGACGACACAUGGACAUGUGUCCCAUGUGUGCGUUCUGCUCCCUGAAGAUGGAGCAGUGCCAACGGGCCUCUGAUCUGAGGCGUGUCCACUGUGAUGACAGUGGCAUGUACACCGCCUACAUCAACCCUGGGAUUGUGUCUCAGUACCAGGACACAGGCACCAAGGCUGACUCCCCAGAGGUAGAGUAUUAUGGGAUGGAUGUCUAUGGAGGCAUGAAAGCAGACCAGUGGUGUGGCCACUUGGCCACCCGUGGCUGUGAUGAUCCCCGGGUCGAUCUCUGGCUGCAGACAGAAUAUUCUUUCUUCCAGCAAGGAGAUUACCCAGACAAGAUCUGUGACUCCGAAAGAGUUGAACAUCCCAAUUACUGCGCUUUCAAGAGCCAUCAGUGCCUGGAGAACAGUCUCAGUGGACAGAAGGUGCUGCGGCGUGGCUGCUUCAAAAAUGAGACAUACCAUGUGCUAAGCACCGAGGAAGGGAAAGAGGAGGUUCAGCUGUGGAGUCGGAAAUUUUCAAGUUUUUCUGAGGGCUGAAUGCAGGAAGGAAUGCCGAGGAGUAAUUUUUCACAAGGAGGAGGGCCGGGAUCACCAUUGCCGCCCCAGGGCAUGGCUCCCUUCUCCGGCACUCUCUGAACAGGCUGCCUUCUGCAGCUGAAAUGCAAUCUCCUCUUCUUUGUUUCACUGCUGUGAAAUCUGCCUGCCUUU